GAUCGACACAAAAUUGGAAAAAAAAUUCUACACUCUACACUCUACACUAUAAAUUGUGCCCACUGAGAAAACCGCCAAAAGCCCCUUCUUCCGCCGUACACCGCCGCCCCCGUCGCCGGAGCCACUGCACAUGAUCCCCACGAUUCUUGAAAGAAGAACUUAUUAGUAUACUCUUAUACAAAGAGAAGCGUGUACGAACAUGUAUACAGAGUAAGAGAUGGUGUGUAGAGUAGAGAGGAACUGAGGAAGGAAUCUGUUAAUUAAUCUCAUGGCAUGGCUGAGUUGCAGGAUCAAAAGUAACGGCGUCGGAGUCAUUUUGCUGACUCCGAUGCAAUGAAGAUUUCGAGAUCCUUUUGUCGGUAUCUUCUUCUGCUUUUGGUCUUUUUUAUUCAAAAAGGGUAUGUAACAGCUAAAGCUUUCACAGGAACCUAUGGUAUAAACUAUGGAAGAUUAGCAGAUAACAUCCCUUCUCCUAAUGAAGUUGUUAAACUCCUUAAAGCUUCUAAAAUAAAAAAUGUCAGAAUAUACGAUGCUGAUCACAGUGUUCUUGAUGCAUUUAGUGGAAGUGGGUUGGAUUUAGUGAUUGGACUUCCGAAUGAAUUUGUCAAAGAAAUGAGUGAAAAUCCCGAUCAUGCCCUCAAUUGGGUAAAACAAAAUGUUCAUGCAUACUUUCCCAAAACACAUAUAGUAGGGAUUGCAGUUGGAAAUGAAAUUCUUGGAAGUAAUGAUUUAGAUCUUCAAGAUUCUCUUUUUGAUGCUGUUAAAAACAUUUACAAUGCUACAAAAAAACUUAAAUUACACAAAGUGGUUCAAAUAUCAACUGCACAUUCACAAAAUGUGUUUGGGACUUCAUAUCCUCCAUCUUCAUGUACAUUCAAAGAAGAUAUUGCUCAAAACAUGAAGAAGAUAUUGAACUUAUUUUCACAAAUCGGUUCCCCUUUUUGUCUAAAUGCAUACCCUUUUUUAGCUUACAUGGGUAACCCUGAUCAUAUUGAUAUAAAUUAUGCUCUGUUUAACCCAACUAAUGGAAUAUAUGACAAAAAAGUCAACCUCCAUUAUGACAACAUGCUUGAUGCUCAAAUUGAUGCAACUUAUGCUGCUCUUGAAGAUGCUGGAUUUGAUAAAAUGGAGGUUAUAGUUACAGAAACAGGUUGGGCUUCUGAUGGAGAUUUAAAUGAAGGUGUAGCAACAUUGAAAAAUGCAAGGAUUUAUAAUUAUAAUUUGCGUAAAAGGCUUGCUAAAAGAAAAGGGACUCCAAGGAGACCGAAUUUUGUAUUGAAGGCGUAUAUUUUUGCUUUAUUUAAUGAGAAUUCAAAGCCGGGGCCCACUUCUGAAAGGAACUUUGGAUUGUAUAAACCUGAUGGGAGGAUUUCGUAUGAUAUCGGUUUUCCAAGUUUCAUAUCUUCAUCUGGAAAUUCAUUGAAGAUAUGA